GGCAGCAGAGCGCCGCCGUGCCGGGAGGGCGGCUGGGGCGGCGCCGCGGGAGCGGUGUGUCGCGUCCUGCCGGGGCCUGCGCGGAUGCCGCGAUCGCGUCGCGCCAUGGGAGCCCGCGCGGGCUGAGUCCUGCCGUGACGGAAAAAUGAGUGGUGGGUUGGCACCAAGCAAAAGCACGGUGUAUGUGUCCAAUUUACCCUUUGCUUUGACAAACAACGAUCUGUACAGGAUAUUUUCAAAGUAUGGGAAAGUUGUCAAAUCAUCUCCACUCUAUGUGUAAGCACAUGGCCAGAGUUACUAUUAUGAAAGACAAAGACACCAGGAAGAGCAAAGGAGUCGCCUUUAUUUUGUUUUUGGAUAAAGAAUCUGCACAAAACUGUUCUCGGGCACUUAAUAACAAACAGUUGUUUGGAAGAGUAAUAAAAGCAAGUAUUGCCAUUGAUAAUGGAAGAGCAGCAGAAUUCAUUCGCAGGCGUAACUACUUUGAUAAGUCUAAGUGUUACGAAUGUGGGGAAGCAGGACACUUAAGUUAUGCUUGUCCUAAAAAUAUGCUAGGAGAGCGGGAGCCACCAAAAAAAAAAGAAAAGAAGAAGAGAAAGAAAAUAGUUGAGCCAGAAGAAAUUGAGGAGGAAGAAGAAAGCGAAGAGGAAGGCGAAGACCCUGCCCUAGAUAGCCUCAGCCAAGCCAUAGCUUUUCAGCAAGCAAAAAUUGAGGAAGAACAGCAAAGAUGGACGCAGACUGCAGGGGAAUCUUCAAUUUCAGAUGAUUCAAAACGUCCACGGAUUAAGAAAAGUGCUUAUUUCAGUGAUGAGGAAGAACUUAGUGAUUGAAAUAAUACUGUUUUAUAUGCAUAUAUGGUAUAUAUAGUGUACAGAUAACUUUGUAGCACUUUACAAAGUGUAAUACAGGUUUUGUCUUGGUGUUGAAGACACUUAAUGAAAAUCACGUUGUAGUUCUACCCUGCCCUCUGAACCUCUGAUCUUCUGAUAUCUCUCUCUCUCAAAACUUCACCUUUCAAGGCAGUUUCUUAAGAGAACUUGAGAGAUGUGUUUCUACACUUACAUCCAGAAAAUUAUCAGGGACAAUGCUUCUUGCAUUUAGUAUCUAGACCCAGACCGUUGGAGUGAAAUCUUUUGUAAGAGAAUUUCCCAUUUAUUUAUUUUUUUUCCUGAAAGGACUUCCUCUUAGGAUCACUGUUAACAUCACUGAUGGUUUAUGUAAUGCUCUGUUUAUUGCCUGUUUGGAAGCAGUGCUUUAGUAGUACUUCAGUAGUAUAUGAAUCGUGUACUAGUUCUUCUGCAUAGGGUUGAAUUUCAGCCUUAAGCAUUGUACUAGUCUUUUAAUUCUUCAUGCGUAAUGUAAUAAAUUACUGUCAUAUCA